UCGAAAAAAGAUUGGACACCCCUGGCUUAUGAGAACCAACAAUAAAUCUCCGUUUGGAAACGUGUAUUACACAUUAAUUUGAUUAAAAUAUAAAUGUUGUAUAAUGAAAACACAUCCUCACGUAGCAGGCUGCGCUCGGAGGGUGAUGGGAGGUUACGGGGUGAUGGCGAAUGAGGAGUCAGUAGAUUACUCAGUGCAUGAAGCCUGGAAUGAAGCUACUAAUGUUUAUCUGCUGGUUAUUCUGGUCAGCUUUGCGCUGCUGAUGUACGCUCGGAAGAAUAAGAGGAAGAUCAUGCGCAUCUUCACGAUGCCACCCACAGUUGCAGCCACACCUGAGCCCAACUUCUACGACAGUCUGCAGAAAGUUCGGUUAAGGCAGCAGCUGGAGAUGUAUUCUCUUUCAAGAAAGUUUGACCAGCAGCACCAGCAGACCCAGGCCCAGGAGAGUGUGCAGCUUUCGAUGGAGUGAGCGAGACCCCAGCAGCCAAGGGUGAACGUCUUAACUGUUCAAAUGUGAAUCAUUGAGCCAAGUGACAGAAAUAACUGUGUGUUUGUUUAAAGCUACUUUAAAACACAACACUCCUAAUUUAUCUUCCCUGUCUGAAUCCUAAACAGGGUUUCAGAGCAAACACACCACUGGGAGACACAUGACACAGUGACCUGGUACACUAACUAGGAGAUAAUCUUAUUAUUAAUAUUAAUUUUUAUUUUUACUUGAAGGAUAUUUGACAUCCUUUAUCUUUUUCAUAUUGCCAAAAUUAAGAUAUAAACAUCAGUUGAUUUUCUAUGGGUUUGACAGCCUACUGGUAUUACUAUGGCGUAUUGCUGCCAUCUAGUGGAUGUUUUGUGUAGUGCCUGCAGAGAUAGUGUAUGGAGGUUUAUGGAAAGGCAAAUUACAAUUUGUUUUAAUAUAUAUUUUGAAGCAGUUACUGAAUAUUUGAUGAAUAUAUUUCAUGUGUGGUGUCCCAAUUGUGUAUUAGACUGUAUAAAAUACUAUGAAUAGACUGUAUAAUAACCUUAAUUUGUGCAUUUUAUCCACUAGUUUUUGAAGAAUAAAGGUUCCAUACAUAAGUAGCUCCUCCCUUUCUGUUUAACAUUGGAUUGUUGGAAAAUGGUGUCAUUCUUAACCACACUCAAAAACUGGCCUGUUCUGAGUAUGUGUUUUGGAUAUCUGAGUAUACUCAUCUUUCAUCUAUACUACUUUUAUCUAUACUACUGUUUACACUGCUAUCUAUAGUAUUAAACAGUACUAUGUAGUAUUAGUAAUUAGUACACAAUUGGGAUGCAGCUUGUUGCAGUAAAAGAGUUAGGCCUACUCUUGGUACAGUGUCGCCCUCUUGUGGUGUCUCGGUUCCCUUGCUUAAAUGUAGUUCAGCCUUAUCAAUUAUAUUGUAUUCUGUUAUCAGACUAAAUGAACAGAGCUUUAGAUUUUAUUGGCAAUUCAAAUCAUCAGGUCAGUUUUUUCUGUUUUAUCCAGGCAUUAUCUUAGCUAAACUUCUUCUACCUUCUGAUUUUGGGAGUGUCCAUUAUUUUUUUCUUAUAUUUUAAAGGUUGUUAAUUGAUCGUAAUAGAUUUUCUGGUGCCUGAUUUGUAGCUGUGUUUGAUUUAUUUGGACUGGAUGGCUUUUAACAUCUCAGUCUUUUGUAAAUACAUGAUGGAUUUAUGUGUUAUGUUUAUUUACUGUUUCAAUAGAACUGUGGAUAGAAGUUGUGUUAAAUUGUGAACUUAAAAAAAAAGUUAAUUGAUGUAAAUAAAAAAAAAUGGAAA